CGCCGCGGGUCACUUCGCCCGCCCCUUUCCAGACAAGAUGGCGGCUCCAGCACCAAGCGCUCCUUCGGCUGUGGCGGCGGCCGUGGCGGCUUCUCCCCCCUCGCCGGCGGUAGCCCAGGCCCCGCCCGCCCAGGCCCCGCCGCCAACGGCCCCAGCCGCUCCCGCCCAGGCGCCUCCGCCGCCGCCGCCUCCUCCGGCCGCGCUCUCGGCACCCUUCCCCGGCGGCCGCGCGGUCCGCCUCCACCCGGUGGUGGUGGCCUCGAUCGUCGACAGCUUCGAGCGGCGCAACGAGGGCGCGGGCAGGGUCAUCGGCACGCUGCUUGGCAUGGUUGACAAACACUCAGUGGAGGUCACCAACUGCUUCUCAGUCCCUCACAAUGAGUCAGAAGAUGAGGUGGCCGUGGACAUGGAGUUUGCCAAGAAUAUGUACGAGCUGCACAAGAAGGUUUCCCCAAGUGAGAUUAUUCUUGGAUGGUAUGCAACAGGACAUGACAUCACAGAACAUUCGGUUUUGAUCCACGAAUACUACAGCCGAGAAGCGCACAAUCCAAUUCACCUCACUGUGGACACCAGUCUGCAAAAUGGGCGCAUGAGCAUUAAGGCCUAUAUCAGUACUGCAAUGGGGGUCCCUGGUAAGACGAUGGGAGUUAUGUUCACGCCCCUCACAGUGAAGUACUCCUACUAUGACACGGAACGGAUAGGAGGUAAGCACUUGAAAGCUUGGACAGUCAUAAAAUCUUUGUCAGGUUCUCCAGGGUGUCCAUGCGGAGCUUGUGCAGAUGGCCUGUCCUGGGUAUUGGUGGUUUUUGGUGCUGGAUAGUCAGUGAGCUGGAAU